AUGACGAAAACCCAGAGAAACGCCUUUAAAAGGAGCGGCACGGAGCUGCCUCAGGAGGAAAGUAGUCCCGCCGUCAGGUCGCUCCCGGGCCCAGCCUGGCGACCGACUCAGCCCCCGUCCCGGGUCGCCGGCUGGGGGCGGAGGCCGGGAGCCCAGGGGGCGCACGACAGACUCCGGCUGCGCAUCCGGGGCUCCCCUGGGAGCUGCGCGGGGCGGCGCAGGCGUCCCGGGAGUUCGGUCCCUGGCUCCGGCUGGGUUGCGGCCGGGGGACCAGGGCGCAGCGUGCUCGCCGCCGUCGGGCGCCUCCUGCGCCUCCGCCCGGGGCGCGUCCCCCGCUGCGCCCCGGGAGCGCCCCCAGAAGCCGCGCGGCGGCCCGUCACGUCUCUCCGGCCCCCCGGUCACCCCCAGUGCUCCGGCGGCGGGGCCCUCGGCGGCUCGGAGCCCCCGGGUUCCUCAGGGAAGGCCCAUAGGGUCCCCGCCGAGCGCAAGCCGUCGCAAUUCGACAGGAAAAUCCUGCCGUGGACCGGGAGUUUCACAACGAUGGAGGAGAUCCCGCCUCGGAUUCCGCCAGAAAUGAUAGAUGCUGCAAGAAACAGAGCGCGAGUGAAAGCUUGUUACGUAAUGAUUGGACUCACAAUCAUCGCCUGCUUUGCAGUGAUAGCGUCAGCCAAAAGAGCUGCAGAACGACACGAAUCUCUAACAAGUUGGAACCUGGCAAAGAAGGCAAAGUGGCGUGAAGAAGCUGCGUUGGCUGCACAGGGCAAGGCUAACUGAUGGUCUGACUGACAAAGUGAUCAUCAGGACAUCAUCACUGUGAUCAGCAACAAUAAAAGAUAGGUAAAAGAGACUAUUUA